CUUUGACUAAAUUGUGAUCAUUUUUUGCCUGUUAACUAUUUGUAUUAAACAAAAUAACUUAUAAAACUUAAAGAUUAUUAAAGUAACUUAUUGAAAGAGAUGGGAUAUACAGUUGAAAUAGAGUAUUCUCGUGAGAACGCAGUACUAGAUCCUAAAGACAAACAGUUAGUUAUUGCUGGUCAACCAUCUUAUUUGAAACAACUGCAUUUUGAUGAAGUAUCUGGGAAGUUUUCUGGUCGUGUUAGUGAAGAGGUUUUUCAUGAGAGUAUAAGGUCAUUAUCACCAUCCAUGGCCAAACCUCAUUGUUGUAGUCUCUGGUUAUGUCAAGCAUACAUUGGAGCAUUACCAUCACAUUCAAGCAGGCAUGAUUCCCCAUGUCGGCCUCAUUCCCUAACAGCAUUGUUAGCGAGCAUUAUGAGUGGUCAAGAUGGUACAGUAUUGAUUGUUUGUGAAAGAAGUCAUAUGUUUGCACUUGGGUGUGCCGUAGCUCGUGCUUUUCCACUAUAUUCCCGCAAAAACUAUUUCUCUGCAAAAAGACAGUCGACAAUCACAGUCGAGUUUUGUUUCAAAGGAGACAAUACUAAUCCACCAACUGAUGCAGAAAUUUCUUGUCUAACUGCUGCAGCUGAAGGCAUAAGACUAGCAGCUAGGAUUGUUGAUUCACCCUGCAAUGAGAUGCAUACAGAUGCUUUUGUGGAGGAGGUGAUCAAAGUUGGUAAUGAAUUAGGGAUUACACCCGUUAUAAUCCGUGGGGAAGAACUUGCAAAACGUAACUUUGGAGGACUUUAUGGUGUUGGUAAAGCAGCAACACAUCCUCCAGCUUUGGCAAUAUUGAGUCAUAGACCUGAAGGAGCUGAAACCAGUGAAAAUAUUGCUUGGGUUGGAAAAGGAAUUGUCUACGAUACUGGUGGACUUUCAAUCAAAGGAAAGACAGCAAUGCCAGGAAUGAAAGCAGAUUGUGGUGGAGCUGCAGCUAUAUUAGGAGCUUUCAGAGCAGCAGUAAAACAGGGUUUUAAAAAGAACCUUCACGCAUUAUUUUGUCUGGCUGAGAAUGCUGUAGGACCACUGUCCACUAGACCUGAUGAUAUUCAUGUGUUUUAUUCUGGAAAAACUGUUGAAAUAAAUAACACAGAUGCGGAGGGUAGACUGGCUCUAGGUGAUGGAGUUGCCUAUGCAGCAAAAGAUUUAAAGGCUAACAUAGUGGUUGACAUGGCAACACUGACUGGUGCUCAGGGUGUGGCAACUGGACAAUAUCAUGCAGCUGUUGUAACUAAUAGUGAAAAUUGGGAGAAGGCUUCAGUCUCUGCUGGAAGAUGUAGUGGAGAUCUUGUGCAUCCUCUACCAUACACUCCUGAGCUGCAUUUCCAGGAAUUUUCUAGUGCUGUGGCAGAUAUGAAGAAUUCUGUCAAGAACCGUGAUAAUGCACAGAGUUCAUGUGCAGGAUUAUUUAUUGGUGCACAUCUGGGUUUUGAUUUCCCUGGUGAUUGGGUGCAUUUUGACAUUGCUGCAACCGCUGUAUCGGGAGAGCAUGGCACAGGUUAUGGAGUUGCACUUCUCUUGAGCCUGUUUGGUAAUGAUUCUGAUAAUCCACUUCUUAAUGCUGUGGCCUCUAUGAUGGGACACUAAGGACAGAUAUCUAACAUUUAAUUGUAGACCAUCCUAAUUUUAACUAUUAUCAAUACCUAUAAUAUCAAAUUAUUUCCAUAAUAGUGAACAAUCCUAAAAUUUAAAACUGGAAUAACAUUCCUAAAGUUUGCAUGGAAACCUGCUAACUCACAGUUUAAUAGCAAGAAGUUGACCAAAGCAGAUUCACUUCAUCAAUAACAAUUGAAAAGAAA